AUGGAGAGAGGCGGGCAGCACCCUGUCCCUGCUGUCCCCACAGGCCAGCCUCAGGGUGACCAUCUCCAGCUCCUGCUGCGCCGCAGCCGGGAGGCCAAAAACUGCGCUUAUUGCCCCUACAGCCGCUUCCCGGUGGGAGCUGCGCUGCUCACCACCGGUGGGGAGAUCUUCUCGGGGUGCAAUGUGGAGAACGCCUGCUACGGCUUGGGGAUGUGCGCCGAGCGCACCGCCAUCCAAAAAGCCAUUUCCGAGGGGCACACCAGCUUCAAGGCCAUGGCCAUCGCCAGUGACAUGGGGGACCACUUCAUCAUGCCCUGUGGUGCCUGCAGACAAGUGAUGAGAGAGUUUGGCACAGACUGGGAUGUCUACCUGACCAAAGCAGAUGGCACCUACAUUGUCAAGAGGCUGGAGGAGCUGCUGCCGCUCUCCUUUGGCCCUGAGGACCUGAAGAAGGUCUGAGCAGUGUGGCCACCACCAGCCUUUGCCCUUAGGCACAGGGGACAAUGGUUUUUUCCCCAAUUUCCUCAGCCUGUAAGCAACCUUUUGGGAACAACACAGUGGGAAAUGUGUUUAUACUGUUAAGUUGCCUGUUCCUCUGGCUCAUCUUCUGAUUCAGUGUUGAUUUGCAGACUCCAGCUCCACCUUGCCCUGAAGAAAUAGCAAAAUCAAUUAAUAGAAAUUCCCUGUUAUUAGUAAAAAAAGGCACCCAGACGUCCCUGUAGGCAAGGGAGGACAUGGGUUUCAUGCACAGCUCAAACAGGCUUUGGUACAGAAACCAGUCCUGAAUAAUGUAAAAUCAUUGCUUGAGAAAGUGCUGGAUCCUUCAGCUCUAAAGAGAAGCGAAAGCAAGAAGGAAAAGGUCCAUCAGUGCCAGAAGUAAUUAGUGAGCCAAUCCAGAUUAGGUGGAUUGCUGGAACAGGAUGGUUAUCGCACUGAGCGUGUCCUUUGCUCGUUUCUACCCAGCUUGUUUUCCUUGCUUUUAUUCUGUUUGGGGUGAAGAAGAGGACAAGGGGUUUUUGGGGAUUUCUGGAGGGUUUUGUGCCUCCAGGGUAAUGCUAUUUGUUGAUUGUACUGCUGAUUUACAAUACAAUGAUGAAUGAAUUCAUUACAUUUCCCAGCCAGCGCUGGGUUGAGCAUUUCUGCCAUGCCCAAGUGAAAUAA